GAAAGGGACGCGACUCUCUGCCUCUGCCUCCAACUGGCAGGAAAGGGAAGCGCGGGAAGAAGGGCUGGACGGCGGCGGGCGCUCUUCAGCCCUGGUCUCCUGAGCGCCGGGGUAGUCGUCGGAAACCUGGUCAGCUCCUAGCGAAACGACGCCCUCCCGGCUCAGGCUGCCAACUCCGGGGCUCAGUCGGAGGCAGCUGUGCGUGCUUCCUGGGCUUGGCAGCAGGUCGCCACUUCAGAGCUGCGGGGCUGAGACGGGCUAGAGGAGAGUCCAAGGUGUCAGAACUCCUUCCAAUCACUAUUGUUGAAAACCGGCAAUAUGUUUCCUAUCAGCCUCUGGGAGGUACCUACAUGACAAGUUUAUUUUUUAAAGACUACAAUCAACAGAGUUUCACUUUAGAACAAAAGUUUGCUGUGGUCUUUUGCCCAUUUCCAAUUUGCAGACUGUCAACACCUGAUUCUCUGAAGGAUGUUAAAUCCAGCAAUGAUGCCAGCAUGCAGCACCAUAGGCUGAGUCUUUUGGACUGAAGAUAAUCAUAAUAAAAAACUCUUAAAACCUGGAAUCUGAGCCUAUGCUUCUCUGAACAGAGGCAGCAACAGAUUGCAGGCAACCAGCAGUAAAUUUAAAACCGUAAGGGGAAAAAACCCAACAUUACAAGCAAAAGAAGAAAUGAAUCAUUUAUGGAAGAGAAAAAGCCAAACUUCUGAUUAGAGAGGGGAACUAAUACGGCUCCUUCCAUUAUGAACUCUUCAGCUGAGGAAGCUUCUUACCUUUAGCAUAGAACUACCUGCAGUAACCACAGAGAUUCUUAAAGGAGUCAGUGUGGCAAGGGAGUGGCUGUUUCCACUUGCCUUCAUGUUGAAUGCCAGAUGUGCCCUAUGAAAGCAUUUACUUUGAAUGGAAGUUGCACUUGCCCAUUGAAAAUGAGACACUUCCAAUUGAACUUGCUUCUCAUCUGUGUGGCAACCACCACUGCAAUUCUUGUUGUGCCAUGGAAAGUCAAAUGUCCAUUGCAAUGUGUCUGCCAGAUCAGACCAUGGUAUACCCCCAGAUCUGUGUACAGAGAAGCCGCCACAGUUGACUGCAAUGAUUUGUUUAUCUCCACAGUGCCUGAAAGAUUGCCAGAGGGGACACAGAUUCUUCUCUUGCAAAGCAACAAUAUUGUCAAGGUCGAGCAGAGUGAACUGGACUAUCUGAAAAACCUGACAGAGCUAGAUUUAUCACAGAACAGUUUCUCAGACAUUUGGGACUUUGGCCUGAAGAAUAUGCCUCACUUGCUGAGUCUGCACUUGGAAGAAAACCAACUGGCUGAACUUCCUGAUAACAGCUUCUCAAGCCUGGCUAAUCUUCAGGAACUUUAUCUUAAUCACAAUCAAAUACGCAGGAUUUCUCCCCAAGCCUUCUUAGGUCUUGGAAAUCUCCUUCGACUCCAUCUCAACUCCAACUUCUUAAGGACAAUUGACAGUCGCUGGUUCCAAGUACUACCCAGUCUGGAGAUCCUAAUGAUUGGUGGCAACAAAGUAGAUGUCAUUCUGGAUAUGAACUUCAGGGCUUUAUCAAACUUGAGAAGCUUGGUUCUGGCUGGAAUGAACCUGAGAGAGAUUUCAGAUUAUGCUCUUGUAGGCUUAAAAAAUCUGGAGAGUCUGUCUUUCUAUGAUAACAACCUGAUCAGUGUUCCCAAGCGAGCCUUACAGCAAGUUCCUGGACUUAAGUUCUUGGAUCUGAACAAAAAUCCACUUCAGAGGAUUAAACAGAGUGACUUCACAAACAUGCUACACCUCAAGGAACUGGGACUCAACAAUAUGGAAGAGCUGGUUUCUAUUGACAAAUUUGCCCUGAUCAACUUGCCUGAACUAACAAAACUGGAUGUGACCAACAACCCUAAACUAUCCUAUAUCCAUCCCAGUGCUUUCCAUCAUCUCCCCCAGAUGGAAACUCUCAUGCUCAACAACAAUGCUCUAAGUGCUUUGCAUAAGCAAACACUAGAGUCCCUCCCCAGUCUGCAAGAGAUAAGCAUCCACAGCAAUCCCCUCCACUGUGAUUGUGUCAUCCGCUGGGUCAAUAGUACUGAGAACCAUAUACGCUUCAUUGAGCCUCAAUCCACAUUAUGUGCUGAACCUCCAGACCUAAAGAGAAAACAUAUACGUGAUGUCCCCUUCAGAGAAAUGACUGACAGAUGCUUACCCCUCAUCUCUGACAAAAGCUUCCCUUCUCAUUUAGAUGUGGUAGACGGAGAAGACAUCUCUCUUCAUUGCAGGGCUUUAGCAGAACCAGAACCAGAGAUCUACUGGGUCACACCAUCAGGUCUUAAGCUAUUGCCAUUCUCAGAAGAUGGAAAGUAUAAAGUGGACUCUGAGGGGACAAUGGAGAUUCACAAGGUCACAAUACAAGAGGCAGGCCUCUAUACAUGCAUGGCUCAAAAUCUCAUAGGUGCUGACACCAGAAGUAUCAGUCUAAUAGUCAACAGUUCUUUUCCCUUUAGUAAAGACAUGUUAGAGCUGAUAAUUGAGGAAGUCCAGACUUACAAUAUCCUGGUUUCAUGGAAACCUCAUCUCAAUACCAUUUCAUCUAAUCUCACUUGGUCCAGUUUCAACCCCAGCUUGGACUUAACAAAUGUAGCCCGUAUUCCAAUAGGUACCCACAUGUAUAACAUCACAAGAUUGCACCAUGAUACAGAAUAUUGGGCCUGUCUUCAUAUAGCAUUUGCAAAUUUGCAGACCAAGGUUGCCUGUGUCAAUGCCAGGACUAAAGAGGCUCAAUACCAAUACUUGGAAAGCAGGCAGGGUGCCCUGAUGAUAUUGUUCCUCUGCAUAUUGGUGCUGUCUAUAAGCCUCAUAGGCAACUAUGGUUUCAGUUCUUUCAAAUUUCAGUCUAGGAGCCAGGGAAUCUGCAUGCCAUGGAAAACAGCCUCAUCUUCAGUUCAUGUAGUAUAUCCAACUUUUAUCAAACAGUGGGAUCAAGGGAGAAAGGGUGAGAGACUCCUAGCCAUGGAGGUACAAGCAACAUCGUUGGACUCGUGAAGGUUGCAGGUUUUUUUUCUCUGCAAGAAGGGUGGAUAAAUACAUCUGGUGAAUUUCUUUAAAAAUUACCAAAUACAGAUAAAAAGGGAAAAAUACUGAAGUAUGAAAACCAUGAAUAUGGAAGAUGGAUAGGAAAAGUUGUCCCUUUUCCAGCCAAACCAUGAGUUUGCUUGGCCAAACAUAGUAUCUCUUAAUCCAAGAUAAAGAAUCUAUUUUUACUGAAAGAAAAGUUGCUGAAAAGACAGGCAGACAACCUGAGUUGGAAAGCAUCAAGCUUGAAAUUCCAAAACACCUCUGCCUCUUCCAGGCAGCUAUGACUUCUCUGGCAGCCUGAUACCAAUAUACUUUGUGCUGAGCACAUGUCUGCUCCCCUGGAAAUACAAAAAGGCCUUUUCCUUUGGGGAUACCUUUCUUUCUGUGUGGAUGUGUAUCAUCACAGAGAAUCUUGACCAAAUCCAACAAAUCUUUUGUGACCUGAAGAAUUUGCCUCCUGCAGUACUUUCCCAAGGAAGCAAAUGUGAUAUGAAGAGAGGCAACUUUCUCCGGCUUGAGAAUCAGGAAAAAUGAUUACGUAGAAGGGUGGGGGUAUGUGUGAAAAUUUGUAUCAAUUAACAAUGUCAAUUAGCCAAUAUGAACUGCAUUUCAAUUCAAGAACUUAAUUUCAAUAUUAUUUUGUAAACUUUUGUGAAUAAGAUUGAAAACAAAAGGAAGAGGGGGUGAAGAUUUUUUUUUGUAAUAUAUAUAUAUAUAUAUAUAAAUGUAAAUAGGGAGGAAGUGGGGAGGGGGCCCUUUAUAUACCAAUCUAUCAUAUGGAAAAGGUUUUAUGUUAGAUCAACAUUGCUUCAGCUAUAGGGUGGGCUAUAGGAAUGAUAAGGAGGGGAGGGAAUAAUAGUUGAUGUAAGAUUGAUUUCAAAGAAUGAAAAUAUCCUUGUUUUAAAGUGGUUGAUUUCCAUACGGCAUAGCUGAAAACAUCUCAGAAGAAGACACAGGCUGAGUGGUUGAUAAAAAGGGGGAGGAUGAAUAUUCCCUUUUCUAGCUCUGUCAUCAUUUCUUUGUCUCUGAU